AUGCAUAUAACCCAGCUUAAUCAGGAAUGCCUUUUGCACCUAUUUUCUUUCCUGGACAAAAACAGUAGAAAGAGUUUAGCCAAGACAUGUCACAAAUUGCUAGAAGUGUUUCAGGAUCCUUUUCUGUGGCCUGUACUGAAUUUCCAUUCUCCUGUGGAACUAAAGAAGGAUAAUUUUCUCUUGGGACCAGCUUUACGGUACCUGUCCAUCUGCUGGCAUUCAAGCAGAGUCAAGGUGUGUAACAUUGAGGACUGGAUGAAAAACACAUUCCAGAAAGACAUCUGUCGUAAGCAUGAAAAUGCUGUCAAUGAUUUUUUAAUACAAGUUUGCAACAGGUGCCCAAACUUGCUGUCCCUGACCCUUUCUGGAUGUGGCCAUGUCACAGAUGAUUACCUGUUGUUGCUUCUCAAGAGCUGUCCAAACCUCAAGAUACUCAAACUGGAAAACUGUGUGCGGAUCACUGACCGGACUCUGGAAGCUGUGACCCUCUAUGGGGGCUCUUUACAAACCCUCCAUGUGGAUUUCUGCCGGAACAUAACUCAGGCUGGUCUGGAGACAGUCCAGGAAAAAUGUCCUUCAGUAAUGCUGAAAGCAGAGAGAAGUGCAGACAUGAUUCCAGACAACGAACCAGGGGAAAAAUUGAUGCUUGAAAGAGCAGUGAGAAAACUGGUACUGCACUAA